CAGGAAGUAUAAUAACCGGAAGGGCCGGAGGCAUGUCAUCCUGGACAAAUCACAGCACCGGAAGAUUUACUUCCGGCAGCGUGAGUCGGAGGCUAGGGGCUUCUGGCACGCUCUUGGUGGGGGUGGCGUUCAUUUUGCUCUUGACAGGUUGUAUCCGCCCUUGGGACGGAGGGGUCGCUUCUCCGACGCCUCCUGGAACCCGCUGAGAAGAACUGUGAGGAGAACGUGUCAGCCUCCAUUCGAGUGUGACCCUGCAGGGAUUGUCCUCUACACAGGCUCCCUGGCAUACAGCCCAGACGGUGGCGCUCCGGGCCUGGGCGCAUUUCCUGACGAAGAAGUCUAGAACUUGGCAUCGGCUCGUUGUCAUCGCCCAACGGAGCGCGGCGCCCCAUGGCAGCUGCAGCCGCGGUCCCGGUUCGGGUGAGCGGAGCGAGCUUCGUCCCUCGCCUCCGCUGCCUUGCGUUGUUUCCCCAGCGUGAGGCUGGUGCCAGACCCGGGGCCCAGAGUCCCUGCCAUGCCUUCCUUGCAGAGCUUCCCACUUCCGGAAUUAUCGAACUGUGGGAGAUGUUACAGGAAUAGGAACCAAGAUGUCCACAUGCUUGGAGACCAGAUGACCUUUGAGGAUGUGGCUGUGUACUUCUCCUGGGAGGACUGGGGCCUCCUUGAUGAGGCUCAGAGACAUCUGUACCAUGAAGUAAUGCUGGAGAACUUUGCUCUUGUAGCCUCACUUGGACUUACAGCUUCCAAAUCUGUGGCUUCCCAGCUGGAGCAGGGUAAAGAGCCUUGGGUGCUGAACAGGGUGGAUUUGUCUCCAGCCACAAAAGAAUCCCAGAGGAAGCCUUGGCCUGGUUGCUGGCAUGGAGCAGAGGAAGCCUCUCCUGGACAAGGUGUUUCCAGAGGAUCAUUCUGGUUUGGGACUCCUGUGGCAGGUCCUUCUAUCGAGAAGACCAGUACCUGUGACAUGUGUGGUCCAGUCUUGAAAGAUAUUUUGCUCCUUGCUGAACAUGAAAGAACACGUUAUGGGCAAAAACCAUACAUUUGUGGGGCAUGUGGCCAAGGCUUCUGGAUCACUGUGAACCUUCACGACCUUCAGAAGGAGCACAGUUCUGAGAAAACUUUCCUGUGCAGGGAGGGUAGGAAACACACUCUGGAAGGCUAUGAUGUCCAACACCAGGUGCCCAGAAAGGGGAAGCAGUGCAGGAUCCCUGAGCACAGGAUGGCCCUCCCACCUAGUUCCAGUCAUGGGCCACAGCACGGCAUCCAUACCAUGCAGAAGCCCUUCAGAUGUGGUGACUGUGGAAAAAGCUUCCUGAAGGCCUUUGCCCUCCUUGACCACCUGAUGGCUCACCCUAAAGAGAGACCUUUGCAAUUCCCAGCAGGUGGAAAUGUCCCCAAGGAGAACUCAAUCCACAUCAAUUUCCAACAAUUUCCCACUGAUCAAACAUCACAUGUAUGUAAGGAAUGUGGGAAGGUCUUCAGCCAUAUGUUUAAACUGAGAUUGCACCAGAAGGUUCACACUGGAAAAUCACAUCACACUUGCAGCAAAUGUGGGAAGGCCUUCACCCGCAAACAUUCACUCAUCCAGCACCAGAGAAUUCACACUGGAGAAAGGCCUUAUGAAUGUGGCCAGUGUGGGAAAUCCUUCACUCGUAGCUUCCAUGUUGUUCGGCACCAGAAAGUUCACAGUACAGAAAAGCCUUACGAGUGUGGACAGUGCCGGCGAGUCUUUAGUUGUGUCUCCAAUUUUACUGAGCACCAGAAAAUCCACAGUGGAGUAAGGCCUUAUGAGUGCAAAGAAUGUGGGAAAGCCUUUAUUAACAGUUCCCAUCUUGUUCGCCACCAGAAGGUUCAUAACACACAAAGGCCUUUUGAGUGCAGUGAAUGUGGAAAAGCCUUCCGGCAAACCUCAAAGCUCAUUCUUCACCAAAGGAGUCAUACUGGAGAGAGACCUUACAAGUGCAACCAGUGUGGGAAAGCCUUCAGUUGCCUCUCCAACCUUGUUCCUCACCAGCGAAUUCAUACUGGUGAGAAGCCUUAUGAAUGUUCACAGUGUGGGAAAGCCUUCAGUCAAAGUUCUGCCCUCAUUCAGCACCAGAAAGUUCACACUAGAGAAAGGCCUUAUGAAUGUAGUGAGUGUGGGAAAGCCUUCAGCUAUAGCUCUAACCUUGUUAAGCACCGGAAAGUUCACAGUGGAAAUAGGCCUUAUGAAUGCAGGCAGUGUGGGAAAGCCUUCAGUGAAAGCUCAGUCCUUAGUCAGCACCAGAGAGUUCACACUGGGGAAAAGCCUUAUGAAUGCAACCAAUGUGGAAAAGCUUUCCGAUACAGCUCUAAUCUUUCUAAACACCAGAAAGGUCACAUUGGAAAAGAGCCUUCCAAGUGCAGUGGACAAGGGAGCAUCUUCAGCCAAAACUCUAGAGUCUUCCAGCACAAGAAAGGUCAUGGUAAUAAAAGGCCUUAGGAGUGUGGUCAGAGUGGGAACACACUAUCUGGGACUUUCUUCUUGUUUUGUAUGAAAGGACUCAUUCUGUGGGAAAAUUAUUUUCACUGUUGUUGUUGUUGUUGUUAUGCCUAGGGUUAAACCCAGGGUACUGUGUAGGUCAGGCAAGCACUGUACCACUGAGCUACAUCUCCAACCUACAUGAGAAAAUUUCUGUGAGGAAGCUAUCAGCAAAAAGUUGAAGGUUGUACAUGUCAACACCCAUCAUGGGGAGAUUGCCUCUGAGUGCCAGAUAUGUAGAGAGUAGGAGCUGUGUUAUACUUUUCUAACCCAUCCAGGUCCUUUGUCAGAUUACGUUACUGACAGACACCAUCCUUCCUCUGCUAGUGGGCAGGCCUGCACAGCAUGUGCCUGUAUUCUUGCGGGAGGCAGACCUUGCUUUCAUUCCUGGGAGGAAAUACUAGGAGUCCUUUGUGGUCACCUGUUUCCACCUCUCCCUUGUCCUCCCAGUGGUUUAGUCUUUGCCAUGACCUAGUUCACUCCAAAAAGACAUGAACUGGAGUCCACUGAGGAUUUCUAGAGAUUUAUAUUCCUUUUAUUUUUUUUUUUUUUUAAUUUUUUGGUACUGGGGUCUAAACUCAAGGCAUUGUGCUUGUGAGGCAGGUGGCAGCACCACUGAGCUAAAUCCCUGGCCCGAAGACAUAUUACUGACCCUUGUCAGGUUCUACAUGACACUUAGAGUGGGUCUGUCCAGAUUCCAGUCAUCCAACCCUGGAGCUACCUGCCUUCAGAGUUUGAUAAUGCAGGCCUUAUUUUUGAAGGUCCCCCUGCCCCCAUACUAGGGAUUGAACAAUGCACAUGCUAGGCAAGUGAUUUACCACUGAGAUACUCCAGUCUUUA